GAGUCGGGACCAGGGACCCGUCAGAACGAGCCAUCAUCAUCAUGGACUGCAGUGGCGGCGCCGAUCCGCUCUGACAAGCUGGUCAGGUGACCGACACUGCCGUCGGGGCCGCCAGGCUGUUGUUCUGUCCGUCCACCUUUCUCAUUUCUGAGCGCUCUGCACUCGAGUGACACGUCACAAGUGGACCUAAAAUUCUGCUGCAAUGAAGCUCACACCGUGGCUCUUGUCGCCUUGGGAGCUGCCAUGUGUCUCAGGGAUGUUGAGUGACCGCCGCGGAUUGUGGCCGCAGGACAUGUCGGCCCAGGGCGAUUCACACCACAGCGGUACAAGGCUCACGCGCUGUCGGUGGCCUUGCAGCGGCAUCUGAACUCGAGCCUGAUCACGCUGUUCCACAAGGUGCUCUCGCUGGAGCGGGUGUGGCUGAGGAAGUGGAGCGAAGUACUAGGUGCGAUCAGGCUUGGUGGACACAAAGUAACGCUCAUCAAAGAGCCGUGGGGUGGGUCCAUGUGUUGGAGCCAUGCUGCUACAAUUCUGCAAGAGUUUACGCGACUACCAUCAAACGACUCGGAUCACCCCGAGUGCGAUUCUGCUGGCGGUCCUCUCCCUCUCGAACUUGUGACAAUGGGCGAUGAUGAGCUCUCUGGCACGUCGACGAUGACAGCUGUGCCCCGGAACCCGAUGAGCUUGGGAUGAGGUGUCGACUUUCAAUCCGCUUUUGCUCGACUUCCCAUUGUCAUACCCUAGCUCCAGAGCGUGCGGAGCAUCCGGCGACCCCCC